AUGGAUACUCGACAUGGAUACUCGGAGGCCUUGCCUCCCGGGGAGCAAGGCAGGGAAAAGAAGCACCAGCCCUGCCCGACCUCGCUUGGCGGGCACCAGCCCAGCCUCCCGGCCGACAGCCCCUUUCAUGGUCGCCCCCCCUUAAAUCAUCACAGCAGCCCCCCAACCCCCUCUCCGGGCCACGUGCACACAGCCCCCGAAUACCUGGCAGAUCGCUCUAUCUCCUGCGCCAGGAGGGGCGUGGGCAUGACCACCAGGGCCGCCUCUCUGCUCCUAGAUGAAGACGUGUGCGUGUUCAAGUGCUCGGUGUCCCGGGAGACGGAGUGCAGCCGCGUGGGCAAGCAGUCCUUCAUCGUCACGCUUGGCUGCAACAGCGUCCUCAUCCAGUUCGCCACGCCCACCGAUUUCUGUUCCUUCUACAACAUCCUGAAAACCUGCCGCGGCCACACCCUGGAGCGGUCGGUGUUCAGCGAACGCACAGAGGAGUCCUCGGCCGUGCAGUAUUUCCAGUUUUACGGCUACCUGUCCCAGCAGCAGAACAUGAUGCAGGACUACGUCCGCACGGGCACCUACCAGCGCGCCAUCCUGCAGAACCACACGGACUUCAAGGACAAGAUUGUCCUUGAUGUCGGCUGUGGCUCGGGGAUCCUGUCAUUUUUCGCCGCCCAGGCUGGAGCACGGAAGAUCUAUGCAGUGGAGGCCAGCACCAUGGCCCAGCACGCCGAGGUCUUGGUGAAGAGUAACAACCUCACGGACCGCAUCGUGGUCAUCCCCGGGAAGGUGGAGGAGGUCUCGCUGCCCGAGCAGGUGGACAUCAUCAUCUCGGAGCCCAUGGGCUACAUGCUCUUCAACGAGCGCAUGCUCGAGAGCUACCUCCACGCCAAGAAGUACCUGCGGCCCGGCGGAAACAUGUUCCCCACCAUUGGUGACGUCCACCUCGCGCCCUUCACGGACGAACAGCUCUACAUGGAGCAGUUCACCAAGGCCAACUUCUGGUACCAGCCAUCCUUCCACGGAGUGGACCUGUCGGCCCUCCGAGGCGCCGCGGUGGAUGAGUAUUUCCGGCAGCCUGUGGUGGACACGUUUGACAUCCGGAUCCUGAUGGCCAAGUCUGUCAAGUACACGGUGAACUUCUUAGAAGCCAAAGAAGGAGAUUUGCACAGGAUAGAAAUCCCAUUCAAGUUCCACAUGCUGCAUUCCGGGCUGGUGCACGGUCUGGCUUUCUGGUUUGACGUCGCUUUCAUCGGCUCCAUAAUGACCGUGUGGCUGUCCACGGCCCCGACGGAGCCCCUGACCCACUGGUACCAGGUCCGGUGCCUGUUCCAGUCACCACUCUUCGCCAAGGCUGGGGACACGCUCUCAGGGACAUGUCUGCUUAUUGCCAACAAAAGACAGAGCUACGACAUCAGUAUUGUGGCCCAGGUGGACCAGACGGGCUCCAAGUCCAGCAACCUCCUGGAUCUGAAGAACCCCUUCUUCAGAUACACAGGCACGACGCCCUCGCCGCCGCCCGGCUCGCACUACACGUCACCCUCGGAGAACAUGUGGAACACGGGCAGCACCUACAACCUCAGCAGCGGGAUGGCCGUGGCUGGGAUGCCGACCGCCUACGACCUGAGCAGUGUUAUCGCCGGGGGCUCCAGCGUGGGCCACAACAACCUGAUUCCUCUCGCCAACACAGGGAUUGUCAAUCACACCCACUCCCGGAUGGGCUCCAUAAUGAGCACGGGCAUUGUCCAAGGCUCCUCAGGCGCCCAGGGUGGCGGCGGCGGCAGCUCUGGCGCCCACUACGCGGUCAACAGCCAGUUCACCAUGGGCGGCCCCGCCAUCUCGAUGGCCUCGCCCCUGUCCAUCCCCACCAACACCAUGCACUACGGGAGCUAGGCCGCGCCGCGUGCACCGGACUGCCAGCACCAGGAAACCAAACGCAGCCCGCCCACCCCUCGCCCGGCGGCCCGCCUGGGGCCCGAGGAGCCCCGACACCCGGUCACAGCCCUCUUUGUUAUGGCAACGUGGACACUUUUUUACACCGUCUUGCCGCCGCCGCCCCCACCCCACCGCCCGCCCACAUCCUGGCCCUGAGCGCGUGUCGCUGCCAUGUUUUACAUGAGAUCAUGUCGUGGGAGCCCUCGUCCCCCCACCCCGCCCUCUCCA